AUGGCUUCUGCUAGUGCUAAUAAAAGACGUAGAGCUGAAACUGAAAGUGGAAGAGGAGGUCGUAUAUUUAACCCAUCUUGGACAAAUGAAUAUUUUGUAAUGGAGCAAAAUAAUUCAAUUAUGUGUCUCAUUUGUUUUGAAAAAAUUGCCGUGUACAAAAUGUAUAAUGUUAAUAGACACUAUACUACAAAACAUGCAGCAACUUAUGAUAAAUUCAAGGGCCAAUUUCGUGUUGAUAAGGUAGAACUGCUAAAGAAAAAUUUUAUCGGGCAACAAUCAAUAAUGAAAAGUAAAGUAAUUAGCUCAUACAGUGCUACCAAAAUAAGUUUUUUAAUUGCAGAAAAUAUUGCAAAAAGUGGUCAACCUUUUUCUACUGGAGAUUUAAUAAAAAACUCUAUAAAACAAUUUUGUAAUGAGGUAUGCCCUGAAAAAAUACAAUUUGCUGAAGAUCUCAGUCUUUCACACCAGACAAUUGCAAGAAGGGUUGAAGAUCUAUCAAAGAAUAUUGAAUUAGCAUUGAAAGAAAAACUAUGUAAGUGUGAAGCAUAUAGUCUGGCACUUGAUGAAUCAACAGAUAGAAGUGAUACGGCUCAGUUAGCUAUUUUUAUUAGAUUUAUAACAAGUAAUUUUGAAAUAAUUGAAGAACUGUUGGAUUUCAGGCACAUGAAAGGCACUACUAAAGGGGAAGAUAUUCUUUCUGAAGUCAAAAAAACAAUGAUAAAGUUUGAUUUGCCAGAAACAAAACUCUCUGGUGUCACUACAGAUGGAGCAAGUUCAAUGAAAGGAAAAAAUAUUGGAUUUGUGGCAUUAUUUAAGAAAUCCAUUAAUCACAACAUUCUUUCAUAUCACUGUAUUAUACAUCAGGAACAGUUAUGUGCAAAAGUAUUAGAAAUGAAAGAAGUCAUGGAAAUUGUUAUCCAAACUGUUAAUUUUAUAAGAAGUCGUGGCCUUAAUCACAGACAGCUCAAACAAUUGCUUGAGGAUUGUGGAAGUGAGGCAGAAGAUGUAAUUUAUUUCUGCCAAGUUAGAUGGCUUAGUCGAGCUGCAACUUUGAAAAGAUUUUGGAUAUUAAUACCUGAAAUAAUAAAGUUUCUAAAAAUUAAAGAUAAAGACACAAGCUUUCUUGAAAAUAAUGACUGGCUGAAUGAUUUGGCAUUUUUAGUUGACAUUACACAGAUGUUAAUGGAAUUAAAUAUCAAGUUGCAGGGUAAAGAUCAACUUAUUAGUAAAUUAUAUGAAAAUGCAGAAACAUUUGUUUUGAAAUUGAAACUUCUCAAACAACAAUUAAGUCAAAAAUCACUUAUCCAUUUUAAAACAUUGUCAGAAAGAAAUACCAACACAGUUGACUAUGAAAAAUAUUGUAAUCUUAUUUUAAAAAUAAUUGAUGAAUUUGACACAAGAUUUUGUGAUUUUAAAGAAGUAAAGAAUGAGUUAGACUUAUUUUCACAUCCAUUUUCCAUUAAAGUUGAGACAGUAAGAGAUGAAUUUCAAAUGGAAUUAAUAGAACUACAAAACAAUAAAGAUUUGAAAGAUGCUUACAAAGAUGUUGAAUUGUUAGAACUUUAUAAAAAAUACAUGAACAUUGAAGUUUAUCCACAUUUGUGCAAACACGCUAUGAAAUACUUUUCCCUUUUUGGAAGCACAUACAUCUGUGAACAAUUUUUUUCAAGAAUGAAACAUGUUAAAUCAGAGCAGAGACAUAGGUUGAAAGAUGAACACCUCACUGAUACACUUCGGAUUUCAUCGUCCACUAUAAAAGCUGACAUUGAUCAAUUGUGUAAAAAUAAACAAUGCCAAGUUUCCCAUUAA